AUGGCGGAGGAGAUUAGCAGGGCUCUUGCUACGGAGUCUUCUUCGUCAGCAGCGACAUCAAAGAGGUGGACGUGGGCGUCGAAGCUCCGAUGGAUCCCGACCUCCACCGAUCUCAUCGUUGUGGCCGAGAAGCGCCUCCUGUCCUUUGUCAAGACAAGUUAUGUUCAAGAGCAUGUCAAUAUUGGCCCUAGACCACCAGACUCGAAAGUUAGGUGGUUCAGAUCUUCUAGUGAUCAACCACGGUUUAUUAAUACAAUAACAUUUGAUAGCAAGGAGGAUUCUCCCACUCUUGUUAUGGUGCAUGGCUAUGCUGCUUCUCAGGGAUUCUUUUUAAGAAACUUUGAUGCACUUGCUACUCGUUUUCAGUAA